CUAUUGUGACGUCACAGGAGAACUAAGGCAUAUCUGCAGGAAGACAGAAUUCUGCUCUCAGUUGUGGAUCCACCUUUGGAGAGUGCAUUGCAGGAGCAAGAAACACGAAAGGAGGGAAAGUUAGAGGGAGGGCAGCCGUUACAUUGACAGGCUUCACUUGGAAUGUGGACUCUGGAGCUGCAGAAACUGCUUCGCGAUUCAGGUAACAUAAGAGAAGCAGGCAGAAACAACGAGGAGCUGGCUGGACCACAUCAGAGAGCAGAACAGAUAAAGUACCACCUUCUCUUUCCAUCUUCUUUCCUUCUUUUUUCAUCCCUUCCGCCAUCUCUCUUCCAUCCUUCCUUCCUUCCUCUUUGCAUCUCUUUCUCUUUAUGUUUCUCAUUAGCUCUUUCUCCCUCCCUUCCAGUAUUCUCCCCUUUCUCCCUCCUUCCCUCUUUUCCUCCCCUCCUAACUUCUUCCUUUUAUCACCCUUUUACUCCCUAUCUACUUUACUGUCUUCCUCCCUCCCUUUGUAUUGCCCUGCCUAUCUUCUUUGACCCUGUCCCUCUCUAUCACCCUCUUGUUGUGACUCUCUUUAUCUGCCACUGUCCCUCACUUAAUCCCUCCCUCUCUCCCUGUAUCCCUCACUCUGUGUCCCUCUUUAUGUUCUUCUUCAUCUCCCUCUCUUACUCCCUCUUUUUCUCCCACCCUCCCUAUGUCCCACCCUCUCCCUAUGUCCAUUUUUUAUCUCCCUCGCUCCCUCGCUCCCUCUUUCCCACCAUGUCCCUCUUUAUUUCCCUUCGUAUGUCCCUCCCUGCUUCUAUGUCCCUCUUUAUCUCCCUCCCCAUGUCCUUCCCUCUCUAUCACCCUCCCAAUAUCCCUCCCUCUCCUUGUGACUCUCUUUAUCUGCCACUGUCCCUCACUUAAUCCCUCCCUCUCUCCCUAUGUCCUUUCCUCUAUGUCCCUCCCUAUGUCCCACCCUCUCCCUAUGUUCGUUUUUUAUCUCCCUCGCUCCCUCUUUCCCUCCAUGUCCUCUGUAUUUCCAUCUAUAACCCUAUCUAUAACCAUGUUUACCCCUCCCUAUGUCCUUCUUCAUUUCCUUCCCUCCCUCACUAUUUCCCUCCCACAAUAUCCCCCCUCUCCUUGUGACUCUCUUUAUCUUCCACUGUCUCUCACUUAAUCCCUCCCUUUCUCCCUUUGUCCUUCCCUCUCCCUAUGUUCAUCUUUUUCUCCCUCUUUCCCUCCCUCUCCCCCUAUGUCCCUUCCUCUCCCUGUGUCCCUCUUUUUCUCCCUCCUUCCCUCCCUCUGUUACUAUGUCCUUUCCUCUCCCAGUGUCCUACUUUAUCUCCCUCCUUCUCCCCAUUUCCCCUUAUAUUUCCACCCCUCCCUCCCUCCCUCUCCAUGUCCUUCCCUCUCUCCCUAUGUCCGUCUUUCUCCCACAUUCUCUCCCUCCCCAUAUCCCUUCCUCUCUUUAUCUCCCUCUUUCCUUCCCUCUACCCCAUGUCCCUCCCUCUCCUUUCCUCCCCAUGUCUUCCUGUCUCUCCCUAUGUCCUUCGCUCUAUGUCCCUCUUUAUCUGCCUGCCCAUGUCCUUUCCUUUCUACCUAUGUCCCUCUUUCCCCCUCCCUUUGUCCCUCUUUAUUUCUCUCCCUCCUUAUGGCCCUGCUUAUAUUCCUUUUUAUCCCUCUCCCUGUCAUUUUAUAUCUCCCCUCCCAUGUCCCUCCCUGUGUCGCUCUAUGUCUCCCUCCCUCCUCCUGUGUCCCCCUUUAUGGCCCUCCUUCUUUUCCUAUGUUCCCCGUAAUCUCCCUCCCCAUGUCCUCCUCUCUCUCCCUAUCCCCCUCCCUCUCUUCCCAUGUCCUUUGCUCUCUGCCUAUCUCCCUCGCUCCCUACCUAUGUCCCAACCUCCCUUCCUCCCUAUCUCACCAUGUCCCUGUCUAUCUCUCUCCCUCUCUUCCCAUGUCAUUUGUUCUCUCCCUAUGUGCCUCUUUAUCUCCCUCCCUCCCCUAUAUCCCCUCCCUGUCCCCGUGCCCUUCUUUAUCUCCCUCACUUCCUCUCCAUGUCCCUCUUUAUCGCCCUCCCUCUCUCCCUAUGAGGGACGGACAUAGUGAAGGACAUCUCCCUCUCUCCCCAUGUCCUUCCUUCUCUCCCUAUUUUCCUCUUUAUCUUCUUCCCUGUCUGUCCUUCACGUUUUCUUUUUCACUCGUUAUAUCCCUCCCUCCAUCUCCUUACUUCUUUCCAAACCUUUUUAUUUCUUCCUCUUUAUGUUCCUCAUUGGCUCCCUCCCUUCCCGUCUUCCACCUUUUAUCCCUCCCUCCCUCCCUCCCUCCCUCUCUUGGUACUGAGCUUCCUCUUUUCCUCCAAUUCCUCCCUGCCUGUCUUCCUCCUCCUCCCUUUCUUCCUCCCUAUUUCCCUCCCUCUAUGUCCCUGUUUAUAUAUCACCCUGUCCCUCCCUUCUUCCCAUUUCCCUCCCUCCCUGUGUCCCUCCUUAUGUCCCUCUUUAUCUUCCACUCUCCCUGUGUUCCUUUAUAUCUCCCCUCCCAUGUCCCUCCCUCUCUCCCCAUGUUCCUCUUUAUCUCCCUCCGUCUUCCUGUGUCCCUCUCUGUCACCCUCCCAAUAUCCCCCCUCUCCUUGUGACUCUCUUUAUCUUCCACUGUCCCUCACUUAAUCCCUCCCUUUCUCCCUUUGUCCUUCCCUCUCCCUAUGUUCAUCUUUUUCUCCCUCUUUCCCUCCCUCUCCCCCUAUGUCCCUUCCUCUCCCUGUGUCCCUCUUUUUCUCCCUCCUUCCCUCCCUCUGUUACUAUGUCCUUUCCUCUCCCAGUGUCCUACUUUAUCUCCCUCCUUCUCCCCAUUUCCCCUCAUAUUUCCACCCCUCCCUCCCUCCCUCUCCAUGUUCCUCGCCCUACCUAUAUUCCUUCCUCUCUCUCUGUGUCCCUCUUUAUCUCCCUCCCUUCCUGUCUAUGUCUGUCCCUCUCUAUGUCCCUCUUUAUCUCCCUCCCCAUGUCCUUCCCUCUCUCCCUAUGUCCAUAUUUCUCCCUCUUCUCCCUCCCCAUGUCCCUUCCUCUCCUUAUCUCCCUCUUUAGCUCCCUCUUUCCUUCCCUCUACCCCAUGUCCCUCCCUUUCCUUCCCUUCCCAUGUCCUUUCCUGUCUGCCUAUCUCCCUCACUAUGUCCCAACCUCCCUAUCUCACCAUGUCCUUGUCUAUCUCCCUCCCUCUCUUCCCAUGCCCUUUAUUCUCUCCCUAUGUCCCUCUUUAUCUCCCCCCUCCCUAUCUCCCUCCCACCCCAUGUCCAUCUUUCUCC